AUGUGUAUUCACUUAAAAAUUAUUGAAUGCCAUCAAAUAGAAAAGGCAGUUGGUGACCAGUUUAAUUUAAAAAAAUGGCAGCACACUGAUGGUGAUGUACAAAUUAGCAUCUUACACCUGAAUUGUCAUCAGGGAUCAUCAGUCGACAUCGCAGGAGAGAUAUCAAGCUCUUUUUGGAAUGCUAGUGAAGAUGUUCCGCUGGAGUUAUCAAAAGAAAUAGAACAAGCGGCCAAUAAAUUCGAUGGAACUAAUGCUUGUCAAUUUUUCAGUGCAUCUUUUGCGACACUUCUUGUCGGAAAUAAACCGUCUGUCCUACAAAGUUUGGAAGGAAGAGCACGCAUGAAAGACUCUAUAGAGAGCAUGAUAGUUACUAUUGCUCAUAAAGUUAAUGAUUUUAGAGAUAAGAGGUAGCAUGUAUUUUUGGAAGACGCUCUAAGCGUUCUGACUGACUUGGGGCUUCUUUCGACGUCAUUUCAUUUACAAGAACAGAUUGGUGACCAGUUACAAAGCAGUGUUAAUUCAUCAGAAGGAAUCACAGAGUUAGAAAAAGCAUUACACUGCUUGUUUACCAAGAGUCCAGGCAUCCAUGCAGUAUAUACAUGUUCUCGUGUAGCCUUUUCAAUUUUUGCCAUUGAUGAUUGCGAAAAAUGUUCGUUCACCAUUAUUGAUACUCAUAGUAUUCCUGAAUGUUUAGGAGGGGAAAACGUUGGCAUUCUGUUGUUUGUAGAUUUUAAAAGACAACAUCUAGAUCAAGCAAUUAAUAAAGUUAUCAUCUGGAUUCGAGAAAGAAUUACUCAUGCUUCAAAAACAGCAAGUCUACAGAGUCUUAUAUUAAUGAAGCCCAAAGAAUCGAUGCCUAAGGAUAUUUCAGCGGAAUACUUUUUAUGUGAUUCUGACGACGACAUGCUGGUAGUCAGUAUGGGAUAA